CUCUGGUCAUUCCCUGCACUGUCCGCAGUCUCAGUCUGGUCAUUCCCUGCACUGUGUCCGCAGUCUCUUGGUCAUCCCCUGCACUGUGUCCGCAGUCUCUUGGUCAUCCCCUGCACUGUGUCCGCAGUCUCUGCUCAUCUCCUGCACUGUGUCAUCCCCUGCACUUCUCUGGUGAUCUCCUGCACUGUGUCCGCAGUCUCUUGGUCAUCUCUGCCCUGUACUGUGUCCGCAGUCUCUGGUGAUCUCCUGCACUGUGUCCGCAGUCUCUGCUCAUCUCCUGCACUGUGUCCGCAGUCUCUGCUCAUCUCCUGCACUGUGUCCGCAGUCUCUGGUCAUCUCCUGCACUGUGUCCGCAGUCUCUGGUCAUCUCCUGCACUGUGUCCGCAGUCUCUGGUCAUCCCUGCACUGUGUCCGCAGUCUCUGGUCAUCUCCUGCACUGUGUCCGCAGUCUCUCUGGUCAUCUCCUGCACUGUCCGCAGUCUCUGGUCAUCUCACUGCACUGUGUCCGCAGUCUCUGGUCAUCCCCCCUGUACUAUGUCCGCAGUCUCUGCUCAUCUCCUGUACUGUGUCUGCAGUCUCUGCUCAUCUCCUGUACUAUGUCCGCAGUCUCUGGUCAUC